AUGGCGACCACCAGAUCGCUACAGCUUGUAUUCAACAGAAUCAAGAGCAGGGGAACCGUUCGGUGCUUUGGGACUGCUACCGAAGGCAUCGCCUCUCCUGCCGCCUCUUCUCGCCACCUUAUCGAUUUAGAACACGAUUACAGCGCACACAAUUAUCAUCCUGUCCCUGUUGUAUUUUCUCAUGGAAAAGGGUCGGCUAUUUGGGAUCCAGAAGGCAAAAAAUAUCUCGACUUUCUUGCAGCUUACUCUGCAGUUAAUCAGGGACAUUGUCAUCCAAAGAUCAUGAAAGCAUUAAUGGAACAGGCACAAAACCUAACCCUCAGUUCUAGAGCCUUCUACAAUGACAAAUUUCCAGUCUUUGCAGAGUAUUUAACCAAAAUGUUUGGAUAUGACAUGGUUCUUCCAAUGAACACUGGUGCUGAAGGAGUAGAAACCGCUAUAAAGCUUGCAAGAAAAUGGGGUUAUGAGAAAAAAGGAAUCCCCAAAGAUCAGGGUAUCAUUGUCUCAUGUUGUGGUUGCUUCCAUGGUCGCACAAUGGCUGCUAUUUCCAUGAGUUGUGAUAAUGAUGCCACUAGUGGAUUUUGGCCAUUGUUACCUGGUCAACUUAAAGUUGACUUUGGAGAUGAAGCUGCCCUUAAGAAACUUUUUGAAGAAAAAGGAGACUAUAUAGCUGGUUUUUUAUUUGAGCCCAUUCAAGGAGAGGCUGGGGUUAUGAUUCCUCCAGAUGGUUAUCUUAAAAGUGUGAGAGAACUUUGCUCAAAGCACAACGUCUUAAUGAUUGCAGACGAGAUACAAAGUGGGUUAGGAAGAUCAGGAAGAAUGCUGGCAUGUGAUUGGGAAGGUGUGAGGCCUGAUGUUGUUAUACUAGGAAAAGCAUUAGGUGGUGGAGUGAUACCAGUUAGUGCAGUUCUUGCAGACAAAGAUAUCAUGCUUUGCAUACAACCAGGUGAACAUGGAAGCACAUUUGGAGGAAACCCAUUGGCCAGUGCUGUUGCCAUUGCAUCAUUGCAGGUGAUACAAGAUGAAAAGCUUGCCGAAAGAUCUGCUGAAAUGGGAGAGGAACUGAGAGGAUUAUUAAGAAAAAGUCAGCAGCAAUUUCCUGAUGUUGUGAUGGAAGUGCGUGGAAAAGGCUUAUUCAAUGCAGUUGAGCUUAUUAGCAAGUCUUUAUAUCCUGCAAAUGCAUACGAUCUAUGUAUUAAAUUGAAGGAAAGAGGAAUUCUUGCAAAACCUACGCAUAAUGCCACUAUCCGCUUAACUCCUCCCCUUUCAAUAAGUUUGGAUGAGAUUCGGGAAGGCGCUAAGGCGUUUCUUGAUGUAUUGGAAUGCGAUCUUCCGAAACUGGUGAAGGAGAAGCCGAUGGAAACUACUCCAAAAGCUCCGGAAUCAUGUCACCGUUGUGGACGCGACUUGUAUGGCUCUUCCUAAAAACUAUUUUCAUGGGAAUGGAAUAGAUUAUAGAUAUUGGAAUGGAAUAAACAAGGGAAUGGAAUUCAAUCACUCGUUAUAUUUCAUCAUCAUGUUUGUCGGACUGAACUGAAUUUUUAUUUGUAUGUAAAACACAAUAUAGAUGAUUUUAAUUUUACUCGAGAUUAUCUUCACUAUAACCAAUGGAAUUUUAUCGACAAAAAUAAAAAUUGAACAUGAUAAAAG